UGUCAUAAUAUUGUCAUUGACAUACGUCAACAAGUUGUGAAACAGUGUUGUGUUGUGUAUCAUAUUGCAACGAUUUUAAAGUGAAAAACAAAAUAAUGAAGGUAGAAGCAUGUCGCUACAUCGAAGAUUAUCAAUUUACCCACUGCGACCUAUCCUCUAAAUAUGAGAAACUCACAAAAAUCGGUCAAGGAACCUUCGGAGAAGUAUUCAAAGCUCGAGCGAGCACCAACAACUUCGUUGCGAUGAAGAAAGUUCUUAUGGAGAACGAGAAAGAAGGGUUCCCGAUUACUGCGCUGCGUGAAAUUAAGAUUCUACAAUGUCUUAACCACGACAAUGUGGUCAAUUUGAUCGAAGUUUGCCGCACGAAGCCUGGAAUCGAGAACAAAUACAGAUCGACCUUCUAUUUAGUUUUUGAGUUUUGUGAACACGAUUUGGCUGGUUUACUAGCUAAUCCGAAGGUGAAAUUUACUCUGGGAGAGAUCAAGAAGGUGAUGCAACAGUUACUAAAUGCAUUAUACUACAUACAUUGCAAUAAAAUACUGCAUCGGGACAUGAAGCCUUCAAACGUGUUGAUCACAAAGAAUGGUACUUUGAAGCUGACUGACUUCGGUCUAUCGAGGGCGUAUAGCGCGCCACAGACUGGCAAAGCCAACAGAUACACAAAUAGAGUGGUCACGCUGUGGUACAGGCCUCCGGAGUUACUUUUGGGUGAACGCAACUACGGCCCUCCGAUCGAUAUGUGGGGAGUAGGAUGCAUCAUGGCAGAAAUGUGGAUCCCAACCCCUAUCAUGCAAGGAGCUACGGAGCAGCAACAGCUGACCCUGAUCUCCCAGCUCUGUGGCUCCAUCACUCCUGACGUAUGGCCUGGAGUGGAGAACCUGUCCCUAUACUCCAAGAUGGAACUCCCUAAAGGGCAGAAAAGAAAAGUCAAGGAGCGCUUGAAGCCCUACGUCCGAGACCCGUACGCAUGUGAUCUGCUAGACAAAAUGCUUCAACUGGAUCCAUCGAAGAGAUGUGGUACGGAGGCAGCUCUGAAUCAUGACUUCUUCUGGACAGAUCCCAUGCCGUGUGAUCUGGCGAACAUGUUGGCUCAACACAAGCAAAGUAUGUUUGAGUAUUAUCACCGGAAGCGACCGAAUGAGGGACAUAUGCGUCAGGCUCAAGCGAAGAGGUUUAAGCCUACUCAGGACACUGGGUAUCAGGACAGAGUGUAUUGAAUAAUUAGUGAUGUGUAGAGUAUAUAUUAUUUUUUUUUUAAUUUUCAGCCAUGGUCGUCCCACUGCAGGGCAAAGGCCUCCCUACCCUCCUUCCACUCGUCUCUGUGUAGAGUAUAUAGUAUUAGUUUUAUUUUUUACUUUUUUAAUUUAUGUUUUUAAGUAUUUAAUUAUUUUUUUAGAAUGUAGUUGUAGGUCUUUUGUUAAUUUAAGUGUCUAUUAUUUAGAUAGCUAAAAAUAUUAUUGAUAAAAUUUAUGAUUUCUUCCGUACGGAUCCCAUGCCGUGUGAUCUGGCGAAUAUGUUGGCUCAAGACAAACUGAGUUUUGUUCGAGUAUUUUAACCGACCAAAAAAGAGUUUUAUUUAAACCUAUUAUAGUGUAUUUAGUAUUAGUUUUAUUUUUUUAGUUUUAUUUAUGUAUA